AUGGGAGGCUUUAUGGGUGCCAUGAUCUCAAAUCUGGCAUUCGUUUUCCGGAACAUUUUUUCGAAGAAGGGAAUGAGCUCUGGCAAGAAGGUCGGAGGUCUCAACUACUACGCCUGCCUGUCAAUCAUGUCUCUCAUCAUCCUCAUUCCGUUCGCCAUCUGGCAAGAGGGCUUUCCGAUGUGGACUGCCGGGUGGCAGACUUCUAUCGCGGAGGUUGGGCCAAGAAUUGGGUGGUGGAUUGCGGCUCAGAGCGUUUUCUAUCACCUGUACAAUCAAGUGUCCUACAUGUCGCUGGAUCAGAUCUCACCGUUGACAUUCAGCAUUGGAAACACGAUGAAGCGUGUGUCGGUCAUUGUAGCGUCCAUCAUCAUCUUCAGAACUCCAGUCCGAUUGAUCAAUGGCGUUGGAGCGGCAAUUGCCAUUCUCGGAACGUUCCUGUACUCUCAGGCGAUUGAGGCCCAGAAGAAGGCAGCAAAGGCCAAGGCCGCACCUGCAUCUUAG